CAGUAUUCACAUUUGAUCAGCUCAAACAUACGAAGUUUUCACAGAUUAACUCACCUUGUAGCCACGGGGAGCGCUCAAUUCAAAUGGACAGUUGAUCCGACCAUAUCCGCUGAUAUAAUCAAUUUAGACCAAUUAAUCGUCGUCGGGGCAACGCUAAACAAUGUUGGUUUGCCCUCGGUUUUAGGUUAGUGUUAACUGGUGGCCCAAGCAGUUCGAACGUUAAGAGGAUCCCUAGCAUUUUUUGCAUUUUAUAACUUUUAGGACUUUCAAAUUCAAAAUGGGUUGCAAUUCAAGUUCACCGGCCCCAGCCGAUGGUAGUAGAGCGAAGCAAGAAGUGAAACCACAGCCACGGGAUGAAAAAAUAGAAGAUAACCAAGUCACCAUUGAUAUGAAAGAAGGAGGUGAAGUUCAAAAAACCGAAGAAGAAGGUCGCAUCUACGGAAUGACGUCACAAGAUACAUCGCAGGAACCAGAAGAGACACCGCAAGCUUCAAUGUCAAGUGAUCGCUGGCCGCAGAACUUUGUUGAACCCGAAGGUUUGCAGUGCAGUGUUGAAGAUGAAGGUGUCACUCCAGAACAACACGAACCCGAACCAAAAGUUGUGGAAAACACUGCAGUAGAGGAAUCACAAAAUGUCGAAGAGUCACAAACAGUAACAGAAACAGAAACAAAUGACACUAAUACACAACAAAACACAACAGAGGCCCCUAGUGAUCAAAAUGAAACCCAGGAAACAGAAGUGACGCCGGAGACAGGAGGGGCAAGUGAAGAGCCAGCUGCAGUAGAAGUAGAAAAAGAGGAGUCAACGCCUGUAGUAGAGACUGUAGCUGAACAAGAAACGCCCGCUGAGGAAACUAACCAAGAACAAACCACUGAGGAAAAUACUGGAGUAGAACAAACACCAGUUGAAGAAACUACAGAAGUUUCCGAACAAAAAGAAGAUUCACCCCAAGAUGAAGCCGAACCAGCUAGCCAAGAGUCACAACCCGUAGAAGAUAGUCCACCAGCUGAAGAAGAUGAACAUCACCACCACCAUCAUCACGAUGAAGCUUAGAUUUAGUAUUAAAUUUUCUCUAAUAGUAACAGCGGCUUCCUCCCACGUAGAAAAAUACCUUGUACCAUAGAGCCAGUCAGCUGACAUCAGCCUUGCAGAGAGAUCCAUGGCAGUUACAACCUUAAACAUCCAAACUUUUGAAGCAGGAACAUUGUGGCGAUUUUGAUCCAGCUCACUUUCUAUAGACAUUAUGAUUUGCUAUCAGUUCAAGAUAGCCGGAAUCAGCUGUAUAUUUUAUGUAUAUGCGUACAGCGAUCUCCGUCAUUCUUGUGGGGUUAUAAAUCCGCGGAUACAUUUGUGAACAGGAUGUGUCAAGAUGAGUUUGCCUAUCAUCGAAGUCGUUUGUCGCCCAAAGUCAAUCAAAAACACUAUGGAGUUACUUCCGACAUGUAUUGAAGAGAAUUAGUCUAUUACCGGUGGCAAACACACACUGUCUGACAUGUAGUGAAGAGGGUUACACUAUCACUGGUGGCUUAUAACACUGGAGUAUCCAUUGUAGUGUUCAAUCUGUUUCGGUGUUACGUAGAACCCCUCUUGGUUCAUCCUGAAUAGCGUUGAGCAGGAAAAUGUCAUGCCGUUUUGUGACUGUGACUUUGCAAUAAUACUUGAAAUGAUUUAUCAUGGGGUUUAUCAGAUAUUUUAACAUGUAAUGUCUUUACAAGUUCUUCUUUGUCAGAUAAAUGCAACAGGUCAUCUUUGUAUACUACAUGCAUGUAUUUGACAUAAAAGGGUUUUUAUAGAUGGCCUUGGUGAAGGGAAUUUAAUGGAAUUUCAGCGAUAUCAAAAAUAAUUCUACUUCAUUUAAUUGGUACGGCGUUUGAUAUUUCAUGAACAUUGAACAGUGCUCCACUUUUUAUGCAAACUGCAGUUUUAAACCAGAAUGAACAGCAGUUUUAUUAAUUUUGUAAAUAAACCGGCGACACUGAGGCAACUGAUUAAGUUAUUAUCGCAGUGUGCAAGUUGAAAAUUGGAUGUACGUAUAAGUUUGGUAGAAAGAAAUAGAUUUAGAAAGGUUUUUCCUAACUAUUAAUUAAAAAACUUCCUGGAAUAAAGACAGUUUUGAAUAUACUAAUGUAAGUAUAAACGAUAUUUUUAUAUUGAGCAUGUUAACUUUAUUGAAUCUGACGUUCUCUCUGUUGUGUAUGAUUUGGUGAUUUCACUUCACAUAUUUCACUCAUGUAUAUACAGAAGAUGUUUCAAGUGCAAUUCCAAUCGCUUUUAUCAUCAAAAUAAGCCAUUUGCGAGAUACUUUAAAAACGAGGCGUGUUGAAUGGGCAGCGCAAAAUUAAGCGUUAUUUAAACCAUUGACCUGUGAGCGAAUAAGACAUUUGCCAUUCUUAGAGGACUACAAAAUCGUACAUAAAUACUUGCGAAUGAGCCAAUGUCCAUGUAUGAAAAAAUUCAAAAUCUUGACGAUUCUUAAACAAAAUGCCAGGGUCCUAUCAAUAUCGUACAAUGCAUCGUUUACUUUACAUAUCACAUUCCGUCCAUGGUUUCAUCUCCCUGAUGACAUCAAAUCAAGACAUUGCCCUUUAAUUCAUAAUCGUGUCAGAAACUAACCAUUUUGAUUGUGUAUCAGAGCAGAAAUAUAUAUAUAUCGAACGAAUUCUACGUUUCAGUUUAUUGGCAUUAGGGUUCCAAGCAACAAUUCAAUUGUAUACAAAGUAGACGAAAAUAACAGAAAUGUUAUUAUGAUGUCAUCUCGGCGCCAUUUUGUGUGCUUCACACCACUUUCUAAGCUGAUUACCCCAGAUAAGGAAGCAACUACUGUGAUAAAGAACAUUGUAUGUGUACAUAAACAUUGUCGUUUUGUUGAGUAAUUAUUGUAAACGAACACCGUAUAAUAAUAGGUAAAUGAGAUGGCAGAAUGUAGCCAUGACCAAAUGAUUUUUUAAAGUCAAGAAACUGGAAAAACAUCACUAUCCACUACAAAUGCAUAGUGGAAGUUCCAAGGAUGAAGAUAUGAUACCAAAUAUGGAGGCAUGUUGUAAUGUAUGGCACGAGGAGAGACAUCUAGCCAUUGUAAACACCCAAGUAUCAUUUUCCUUGUCCAUUUCAAUGAAGACACACCUAUAUGUAUAAUAUUCAACACGUAUAGUAUUCAGCCCGAAAUAACAUUUGAAUAAUGCGAAGGAAAAAAUGUAUAGUACUCAAGUCUUCCCAAAAUAUCUUUUGGCUGUCAGUAGUAGAAAGUGCAAUCUGGAUAAGUUCAAGGUCACGGCUGCAAAACUAUCGUUCGAGGGCCAGUCCGCACAAUUACUUGCUGUUUGGUCAAUUGCUUGGAAUAUCCUAGUAGUGGACCACAUCUUUGUUUUAAAGCGUUGUUAGACAUGUGUUUGUACAUCAGCCAUAUGCAUUGUAUUAUCCUUAAACAUUCCGUCCAUAGGUUGGUCAAAUCUUGCACUGCACAAAGUGCCAUAUCUGUUGCGAAUGCGAUGAAAUGUCAAAGUUCCCGCAAUUGCGAUAUUUGAAAAACAGGCAGGCUUAAUUUGCCACGUUUUGCUAAUGGCUUCAUCGAUUGUUCUAUCAUGCAAUAAGCGCGAAUUGCGUCACGCAAAAUAACUACGGCGGCUCUCUCUUGUCUCAGAUCAAGGUACUUGGUUCUCGAAGUUGAUUGAGCUAAUGGAAAAAAACACACGUUUUAAUCAAAUCGGUCCGAAUGUGAUUGUGAUGAAGUUAGAUUAUUUCUUAAAAGAAAAAAAGUUUUGCAGCAAUUCAAUUACGUGUUUAUGAUAAAUAUUUGUUCCAAUUGGUUCCAAUUUCCUAACGGGAUCUCUGAGGAUGCGUGCAAAGAUGUGACCAACCUCGCCUUGAAAAGCGACCCGCACUAUGUCUGUUUACACCAGUCAAUAAAGUUUUUACGAUUCGUUUGGA